AAAACCAUCAUCAGGAGAGAGGAACAUGAUGAACACCAUGAAAGAGUUGAAUUCCACAGUGGGGAAGUACUUCCAAGAUACACAAGGGGAUGAGAAGCUCAGUCCCAAGAAAGCUCCAAGCUUAUGUUCCACUCGCUAUGGAAUAGCUUUUAUCACACAUCUCUGCAACUUCGUACUAGUGGCACAAAAUGUUGUCAUGAACAUCACCAUGGUAGCCAUGGUCAACAGCACAAACCAUCAGUCCCAGUUUAACGACUCCACUGAGGGGCUGCCUUUUGACCCAUUUGAUGACCUAAAUGAUUCCCCAAAGAGUCUUCCUACAGGGGCCCCUGUGUAUGAUUGGAGCCCUCAAAUCCAGGGCAUCAUCUUUAGUUCUAUCAACUAUGGCAUGAUCCUGACACUGGCUCCCAGUGGAUAUCUGGCUGGAAGAGUAGGAACAAAGAGAGUGGUUGGUGUUUCUUUGUUUGGAUCCUCACUUCUCGUUCUCUUCACCCCUCUGGCAGCCGACCUUGGACUAGUGUUCCUCAUUGCAACUCGAAUACUUCAGGGCCUGAACCUGGGGGCAGGAUAUGGGGGUCAGUUUGCACUCUGGGAAAAAUGGAGUCCUCUGCAUGAACGAAGCCGACUCUGCAGCAUUGCUGUAUCAGGAAUGAUGCUGGGAAGCUGCAUUGCCAUCCUCCUGGGUGGUCUCAUCAGUCAAGUCCUUGGGUGGCCUUUCGUCUUCUAUAUCUUUGGAGGUGUUGGCUGUGUCUGCUGCCUUCCCUGGUUUGCUUUGGUUUAUGAUGACCCUGUCACUCACCCUUGGAUAAACACUGUAGAAAAAGACUACAUCACAUCCUCCUUGGCCCAACAGGUCAGCUCUUCUAAGCAGUCUCUUCCCGUUAAAGCUAUGGUUAGAUCUCUGCCCCUCUGGUCCAUAUGUUUUUGCUGUUUCGGCCAUCAGUGGUUACUCAACACAAUGAUUAUAUACACACCAACUUACAUCAGCUCUGUGUUCAACAUCAAUAUCAGAGAUAGUGGGUUUCUGUCUACCCUUCCUUUUAUUACUGCCUGGGUCAUUGGUAUCCUGGGAGGCUACCUGGCAGAUUUCCUUCUGACCAAGAGUUUUAGGCUUGUUACCGUGAGGAAAGUUGCCACAGUUCUAGGAAGUAUCCCCUCUUCAAUACUCCUUGUGGUUCUGCCCUAUGCUGCCUCCAACUACAUCAUAGCAGUGUGCCUUCUGACACUUUCCUCUGGACUAAGCCUGUUGUCACAGCCAGGGAUGUACAUCAACGCCUUAGACAUUGCCCCAAGGCAUUCCAGCUUUCUCAUGGGAGCCUCCAGGGCGUUUGCACAGAUCUCUGCUGUCGUGGUACCCACUAUCAGUGGAUUUCUCCUCAAUCAGGACCCUGAAUUUGGGUGGAGGAAUAUCUUCUUCUUGUCUUUUGCCAUUAAUGCAUUAGGACUGAUCUUCUACCUUAUAUUUGGAGAAGCAGAUGUCCAAGACUGGGCCAAAGAAAGGAAACUCACUCAUUUAUAAAGUUAUCCCACCUUGGAUGGAAAGUCAUUAAGCAUCUUAUUUCAUAAAUGAGAAGACUUCAGUGAUGGAAAUACCAACAGAUGGAAUUUUCCUUGCUGUGGCUCUUUUCAGAUCUGAGAUCUUUAUUUUACUCAAAUUUCUUUUUAAGGAAAAUAUAUGAUGAAUGGAAAUUCAAAUAAAAUGGUAGCCAAGAACAAAGUCAUCAUCUUUAAAGAAUUAACAGUGUAUUGAGAGGAGAUGCUCUUUGGGAGCCUGUAGGCUAGAUUCAUGGUUUCUGGAUCUCGAAACAGGAAACAAUAUUUAGAAACUCUUAAUUGAGGGCAGUAAACUCACUAGGGUGAUGAUUCCUUCUAUUUGAGAAAAUGAAUAUUAAUUUAUAUUUGUUGGGCUGGAUAUUGUCCAUGUGCUCCUUUCUGUGUUCUACUCUCCUCCAUCCUGCUCAGACCCCAGGAGGCUGACCUAGGUGCUUUGCAUCCCACAGUUUUUGUCCACUGGCUUCUGCUGGAUUUUGACUGGAGGCAGGAGAAUGGGGAGAAGGAGUGUUUAUCUUUUAAGGUUCCCCCCAGUGGGCACUGCAGGUGACUGAUCCUUCCUCUACAGUUCACAGCUCCUAGCAGAGAGCCCUCUCCCAACAUCUGUCAACUUCUCCUCUUCCUCUAUUCUUUCAGACCUUUUUUUGGCCUUUAUGUUGUGAGCUCUGGGAUUCUCCAGACUAUCUGUGGUUUCCUUACCAUCUUCCCAAUUCUGUAUAAAUGGUCUCAUUUAACACUGUCUUCAAGUUACCCAGUGUGAGUCUGCUAUGUUUCCCCUCUAGGAUUCAACUACUUUCAGUAAAAUCAUAUAUAAAGCUCAAAA